GUUGUUCUUGAUUCUUCAACACCGUCCUUCGACCUCUAUAAAUCUUUGUCGAGGAGUAUACAUCCUAUCCACCUACGUCAUGACCUUACGACAUCAUCGACAUGUACACCUCGACAAACGAUCAGGAAUUUGAUCUGUGGCUGAUCAUGCUGAUCAUGCUGGUCAUGCUGGUCAUGCAGGUCAGGAAUAUACAAUGCACAAUGAUCAGAAAUCCGGUUGACAGCCCGUCAACAGGCUGCAUUCUCUGGUACAGCCGGGGAUAUAUCCAUAGAUGGAUGGGACAGGUAAAGAAUGGUUGAUCGAAUCAGAAUGUGAAAUUGGCUAAAACACGGUACCUAUAUUAUAUUUGAAGAAUGGCAUUGCCCUCUCAUUUGAGGGUCCACUUUUUCUGUCUUCUCCACUGUCUCAUGUUGUGUUUUGGAGAUGGACGGGAGUGAAGGUGUUAUGAUUGAUGGGCGGGGAUUCUGACUGGUUGGGAUCAUUAUUGCGUCAGAAACUAUCGAUAUAGUGUACACAAUUAAUAUCUAUUGUUAUGCAGACGUAUGUUUCUCAA